CGGAAAUUCUUUUGUUUUGACAGCACCUCGGAAAUUGAAUCCGUUUGUUGUGGUCUGUCACGGGGACUUUGCGCUUUGCCUGAUACUACUACUGUUGCUGGCCAGUACAGACGCUCGCGACACAAUGGCGUCUACGCAAUUAAGCCCCCUUCUUCACGUUGAAUCCCUGACGGCGCUGCGGUACCUGCCGUUCGCCUUGCUGUCCUUCGUCCUCGUCGGAAGAGGCGAGGGCAACGCGAUGGACAACGUCGCAACCGAGAGGCUGGCUGAGGAAAGCCACCGUCAAGACAGUGCCAACCUUCUCAUAUUCAUCAUGCUCCUAACGCUCACCAUUCUCACAAUAUGGCUCUUCAAGCACAGGCGCUUUAGGUUCUUGCACGAAACGGGACUGGCCAUGAUCUAUGGCCUUCUGGUGGGCGUGAUCCUGCGGUUUGGCGUCCACGUGCCCCCGAGCAUGAGCGAUGUGGUGCAGGGCUGCGCGGUCAACGCCAGUCCUGCCACCCUGUUGGUGAAUGUCAGUGGGCGAUUCUACGAGUACACGCUGAAGGGCGAAGUCAGCCGCGGCAAAGGCCACCAAGUGCAGGAUGAUGAGAUGUUGAGAAAGGUUACUUUUGACCCAGAAGUCUUUUUCAACAUUUUACUGCCGCCUAUCAUCUUCCAUGCCGGCUACAGUCUAAAACGGAGACAUUUUUUCCGCAACAUUGGCUCCAUCCUGACCUAUGCUUUCAUGGGAACUGUUAUAUCCUGUUUUAUUAUUGGGCUCAUCAUGUACGGAUUUGUGUCCUUCAUGAAAGUAGUGGGCCAGCUCGGGGGAGAUUUUUACUUCACCGACUGCCUCUACUUCGGGGCUAUCGUAUCGGCGACAGACCCAGUGACGGUGCUUGCCAUUUUCAAUGAGCUGAAGGUAGACGUGGACCUGUAUGCUUUACUUUUUGGGGAGAGCGUGCUCAAUGAUGCCGUGGCCAUCGUCCUCUCAUCCUCCAUUGUGGCCUACCAGCCUACGGGGGACAACAGUCACAGCUUUGAGGCCAUGGCCAUGCUCAAAUCCUUUGGCAUCUUCCUGGGCGUCUUCAGCGGAUCGUUUGCUCUCGGCGUGGCCACCGGUGUGGUGACGGCGUUCAUAUCCAAGUUUACCAAGCUGAGGGACUUACCCUUGCUGGAGACGGCACUGUUUUUCCUCAUGUCCUGGAGCACCUUCCUGUUGGCCGAGGCUUGCGGCUUUACCGGCGUGGUUGCCGUGCUGUUCUGCGGGAUCACUCAGGCUCACUACACCUACAAUAAUCUGUCUCGUGACUCACAGGACCGAACCAAACAGUUGUUUGAGCUGCUCAACUUUCUGGCAGAGAACUUCAUCUUCUCCUACAUGGGCCUGACGCUCUUCUCCUUUCAGUCGCACAUCUUCAACCCUUUGUUCAUCGUUGGGGCUUUUGUCGCAGUGUUCUUGGGCAGGGCGGCAAACAUUUACCCAUUGUCCUUCCUGCUCAACCUGGGCCGCAAGAACAAGAUCGGCUCAAAUUUCCAACACGUCAUGAUGUUUGCAGGACUGCGUGGGGCGAUGACUUUCGCCCUCUCCAUCCGAGAUACGGCCACCUACGCCCGCCAGAUGAUGUUUUCUACCACCUUGCUGAUCGUCUUCUUUACCGUGUGGAUCUGCGGAGGCGGCACCAUGCCAAUGUUGUCCUUCAUGAGCAUUCCCGUCGGUGUAGACUCUGAUCAAGAUCACUCGAGUUCCGGAGUGCUGGAUGGCUCACAAAGGAGGAACACCAAGCAUGAGAGCGCCUGGCCGUUCAAGAUCUGGUACAACUUUGAUCACAACUACCUGAAACCCCUCUUGACGCAUAGCGGCCCCCCUCUCACGGCUACUCUGCCCGCCUGUUGCGGACCACUGGCGCGGUGCCUCACCAGCCCGCAAGCAUAUGAGAACGAAGGGCCCCUCCACGACGACGACUCCGACUUCAUUCUGAACGACGCCAGCGUCAGCUCCAUGUACGCCGACGUCACCGUCAGCACGGACGGUUCGGGCUCCAGCGGCAUCAAGCGCCAUCGCCCGUCCGCCGCCGAUGAAGGCCUGGAUCACGAAUUGGCGCUGACCGAGCACGAGGUGGCCAUCCGGGGCACCCGCCUGGUCCUCCCCAUGAAUGACCCGGCCGAUCCCCCGAUCACCGUAACCCUGCCCCCUCCGCCCUCCCCACCCCGCUCGGACCCCCGUAGGCACAGACUCUAAGAAAAGGUUUGCACUGGCGAGAUGCGGCUUGUUGUCGCCGUCAUUGAAAAUGCCACUAAGUUGAUUUUGUCUCCCACCUUUAAGGGCACUGGCUGUAGUCACAUGACCGUAACGUAUGUCCUGCAGGCUAUUUAUAAGGCAAUUAACAACUACAAAUUAUGACUGUCAUAUAAGACCUGUUUAGGCUGUGGCUAUUUCUAUGUGAUUGUUCAGUAUCUUUUGAACAUGUUGCUCAUUCUGGCCAGGCUUCUUUUACUCAUUGAGCCUUGCUUAGACAGUCACUUUUUAUUUGACCAUGAUUUAUUUUUCUUUAUAUUUCUAUGGUUUUCAAUUGGACUAACUCAGCACUUUCCCCCUCUUUUUUAACAGCUCUCCUGUUUUGCUAGUGUUAUUUGAUCUUGCUUAUGAGCAGUAUUCUUAUAGUAAUUCACCAUCUGGCCGAGAAAAGAACACUCUUCUUCUAUCCUGCUAAAACGUUUUCUGCACUUCAGCACCCACAUUUUAGGUGUUUUAUUUUUCUUGCUUCAGACAGAACAACGGUUUUGCUGCUCUUAAGAGAGCAUGACUAAUCCACUUAGCAAUGCAAAUGAUUUAUGGAGAAAAAAACCAGCCUGCAUAAAUUGUUAUGGUCAUGUAAUUACAGCCGCUGUCCUAACUUUGAACGAGUGGAAUGAUCAUCUGCUUUCACCGUUUCUCGUCGCUUAAAAUAUUCACGUAGACAGGUCGGCGUCAGGUAUGUGAGGAGCUUUACAAGGAGCUCUCCGUGACGGUAGGCUUGCACGUGAAAGCGCCACACGCAAGGUCAGGUACUGUCAACACGCAUGGAUGACGAGUCAAUGGUUAGCGAAGGCUGAGCUACACGAGAAGUGACUACUUCCACACUUCCUGUAAAGAUAUUUUACCACUGCCCGUGUGGUUCAUAUAUGUAAUUUAUUUAUUUGUUUGUUCUUUCAUGGUAUUUCUUUAUUAGGAUUUGUUAAUAGAAGUAGGACAGCUCGGUGGUGAGACACACCGUGACCAAGUCAUCCUACGUGAGGUACGCUGUACACAUGUAGGGAGGUGAGGAUGGGGUGGUACUUUUUUUCCCGAAAGUUUCUUAACUGUGUGUCUGUAAAAAAAAAAAAAGAUUGUUUCUGUGAUGUAGCAAGAUGCUUCUCACAGCGAGAGCUUCCCCUAUGAACGUCGUUUACAAGGUUGUGACUGAGAGGCUGGGGAGGUCGGGGGGGCCGGGAGGCGGGCAUGUCGGCUAAUCUGACUAAUGCACCACACGAGCUGUGUUUGGGAUGAGGGCAGACUCAACUCUUGUGAAUUCAAGUGCCUAAAUUGUAAAAAUGAACUCCUCAGUGUGGGUUUGUACAUUUGAUUUGUACAAUCAGGUUCUGAUUGACACUAAAUGCGGCAUUUGAUGUUGACUACUAAAAGUGCAGGUGAUUUAUUUCCUUUCUAGAUGUAACUGGGAUGAACAAUAUGUCAUCAGAACUAAUAAAAUUGUACAUCAGUGUAAGGUUUACGCAAUUGUCGAGUAUACUGUACUUGUAUUUGGAGUUUUUAAACGGUGGAACCUCCAAAGUUAAACGCACCUUAAGUAGGAAAAUCAAGUUGAACCAAAAUAUUUUGGAAGUAAUCCCUAAGACCGAUUACUAUUUGUAUUGGGCUGUGGCAUUUUACAGCGUUAUAGAAAGAUCACAAACAUUUGGAAUAGGUGGGGAGAUUCCUGUACUCUUCCUUAAACUUGAUUCCUUUAACUUUACUUCAGCAUAGGUACACCGCAUUUCUUACCGUAUGUGCUAUUGAGCAAUGGUAAACGGGUGCUUAAUAAGUAAACGAGUGAAUGCUUUUUGAGCCUGAAAAAAAAAGCAAGUACAAUUUAGAAGUCAAGAGAGAUUAUUGCGUUGGACUUCGGAGGUUCCACUGUAGCAAUACAAAAGGAUUUCACUCAUUCGUCUGCUUUUUGCACAUAGGCAUCUCUGUAGUUGGUGGACUGAAACUCAUCCUGUCGUCUUUGUGCCGGACAGGCUGGUCAACACCGUAAGAGUGUCUCUUGUCUUUAAUAGACCCGGUAACUAUUUAAUCCCUCCAAAGUGUUUUUGUCCAUUUUUUUCCCAAGCAGUAUUUAGAAUUCAGCUUUUUUACACAAUCAUCCACUCAAUUUGGAUCGCGUGUUAGUUACCUGUACCUGUGUAAAUGAUUGAAAGAUACAGAUUUAAUUUAUUUAGUACUUUUGUUAUACCGAUUACACAUGCAACUAAAUAUAUUCCCCCAAAAAAUGUCUGAUUCUGCUCUUUGUCGAGUUCAAACACUUGGUGAGCACCAAAGGAAUGUGUUUAUGUCAACAUUUUCUUUAAAAAAAAGUGAUCUAGUAUUCCGACAAGAUUUGACUGACUUAUUCUUUCAUGCACUCCUAUUCUAUAUUUUUGGUCCUCUGUCUGGCAAGAUGUAAAAAUACCAGAAAUAAAUGUCAAGCACUGCACAUUUUUUCUUCUCAUCCUGGGAGUUUUAUUUUGAUGGAGUGAGGUAAUCCAUUAAAACAACAUGUUUGCUAUGUUUUAUCUCUCUCUUGUAGCUGAAUAAAUUAAUCAAAUAAAAAAUGCACGUAUCUGUGUGAUGCAGCGCAGUUCACGACUUCCACUUUACAGGUUGAUAGGAUCAACCAUGGGAGUUUCCAAUUUGUUGCAAUGCACCCUCUCAAAACAGUGAGUACACAUGGUUUUGUGCUAAAGAUCACCCAAAUUGCGUUCUAUGCACUUGAAUUUGUUCUUACCCUGCUAACAAAUUUAAAAUCUCAUCUUGCAUACGCACACAUCAUGAUCAGCUUUCAAAAACAUGUUCACAUAGCUUUUGCCCAAAAUGCACAACAUUUGGAAGCUCUACUUGUAAAAAAGUAACGAUUACUGAAAUCGGGAUUUGCUUUUGAGACUAAAUGUCCUGAAUAAUUGUGAAAUGGACACUUCUGUGCAGUUCAUAAUCUACUUGCACUCAUGAAUCUUCACUUUAGCCUACACAACUAAAUAUAAACGUACAAGUCAAAUACUACUUGUUAAUAGUUUUUAAAAUAUCCAUAUUAGAAUGAUUUGUUUUAAGAUACUACAAAUUGUAAAAGUGUCCUCCAUAAAAUGAAUCUGACUUAUUUCCCCCGUGUGUGUGUGUGUGUGUGUACACGUACACACACGGACAUUGUGCUGUAUAUUGAAAGUCCUGUUGUAGGAAAUUUUAUUUUGAAACUCGACACCACAAAUCCGGUCUCAGCUUGGUUGGCUGUGUCCAGCAGACGACGCCAGCAGACGUGUUUACGGAGCGGCCGGAGGUGCGACGUUAACACGAAGUCCCCCCCGCGCUCUUCGACACCCGCCUUACGCUCAUCCGAGGCCACGCGACUCGACCUGCACCCG